UCCUUCCCAUCCUUCUACUAACUGCCGGAAAACACACACAUUCACACACAAGCGCAUACAUGACAUUCACCCCUCAGACUGGCAGUCUGGCUCAUCCACAGCAGUCUGUUCAAUCAUCUCCUGUUUGUAGCUUAGCCCAUUCGAAUUGUCAUUCAAGUACGUGCCUUCCGCCGUCAGAAUGGCCUCGACGGCCACCCGACCCAUUGUCCCUCCCGCAGAUCUGGAAUCCUUCCAAGCCCACUUGAACAGGUCCACGCGUAUCCUCGCGCUACUUGGAGCUGGUCUCUCGGCCUCAUCGGGGCUUCCUACCUUCAGAGGUGCAGGUGGCCUCUGGAGGACCCACGAUGCAGUGCAACUUGCGACUCCCUCCGCCUUCAGUCGCGACCCAGGGCUGGUCUGGCAGUUCUACAGCUACAGACGGCACAUGGCGCUCCAAGCAAAGCCCAACCCCGCACAUUAUGCAUUGGCGGAAUUGGCAAAGAGAAAGGAGGGCUUCAUGACAUUGAGUCAGAACGUCGAUGGCCUCUCCCCCCGCGCCGGCCACCCUGCUUCAACCCUCAAACUCCUGCAUGGUUCUCUCUUCGACGUCAAAUGCUCCGACUUCUUCUGCUCCUACAGCGAAACCGCCAACUACACCGACCCGAUCGUCCCCGCCCUCCAAAUCCCGACUGACGAAUCCGACCCGACUACCACCUCUGCACUCCAAGCACGCGAACUCGAUAUCUCCGACUCUAACGUCCUUCUCCCUGAGCUCGCCAUCCGCGACCUGCCUCGCUGUCCGAACUGCAAGAAAGGCCUGUUACGACCCGGCGUAGUCUGGUUUGGCGAGAUGCUGCCGACGGCUGUGCUUAAUGAUAUUGAUAGGUGGAUUACCGAGUCCAACACCAUCGACCUCAUUAUCGUGAUUGGUACGAGCGCGCGGGUAUAUCCGGCCGCUGGAUACGUAGAUCUGGCGCGAUCCAAGGGUGCGCGGGUUGCCGUUGUGAAUGUAGACAGGGAUGAUGAACCAGCGAGUGGCAUGUAUCAGGGGGAUUGGUUCUUCGAGGGGGAUGCCGCGCAGAUAGUGCCUGAGAUACUGAAGAGUGUUAUUGGAGAGAUUACGGAGAUGCCGGAUGCGGCUGAGGAGCGUUAGGGCGCAAUUGCUUGCCGGUUUGUCUGUCUACCUAGAGGGGAUGUUGUGGCGGGCGAGUUUGUGGAGGGCGAGCUUGUUGCGGGCAUGGGAAAAGGAGUUUAGCUAUUUACUGUUAGGAGUCUUUGGUUUGGGAUGGAUGGGUGGCAAAAAUGGGUUAGAAUAAAGUAUGCAUCAUCUUGGAUGGAUAUAUCAGAGCGAAUGAUAUGACAGCUGGUAUUGGUAUACGC